UCCCUCACAAUUCACGUCAAAUCUUUUGAACUGCAAAAUCCAGUAGUAGUGGUGGUGGUGAAGAAGAAUUUGUCAGAAUGUUUGAUGUGCAUUUCGUAUUCGGCAUCUUUGGAAAUAUCACUGCACUUAUUCUGUUCUUGGUGCCUCUGAUUACGUUCUCGAAGAUUUUUAAAAUGAAAUCAACAGAUCAGUUUUCUGGGAUUCCGUAUGUUUCUACGCUUCUGAAUUGCUUGCUGUCGGCAUGGUACGGCCUGCCAUUUGUAUCGCCUAACAACAUCCUUGUGAGUACAAUCAAUGGAACCGGAUCAGUCAUCGAAUUGUGCUACGUUGUUGUCUUUCUGUUCUUUAUCCCAGACAAGAAAUACAGGGCGAAAAUAUUUGGGCUUCUGGUGAUUGUGUUGAUAGUGUUUGGAACAAUCGCUGUGGUUUCAAUCUUUGCACUACACGGAAAUGAGAGAAAGUUGUUAUGUGGUUUCGCUGCCGCCAUAUUCUCAAUCUGUAUGUAUGCAUCUCCGCUUUCCAUAAUGAGGAUGGUGAUUAAGACAAAGAGCGUGAAGUAUAUGCCCUUCUUUCUGUCUUUAUUUGUAUUCCUUUGCGGCACGUCGUGGUUUGUUUUUGGGCUUACCGGCAGAGAUCCAUUCGUAGCAGUGCCGAAUGGAGUUGGAAGUGUACUGGGAGCGAUGCAGCUGGUUUUGUACGCCAUUUAUAAAGACUGGAAGAGUGUUGGCAAGAAAUCAAGAUCGGUUUCCGUAGAAGGAAAGCAUCUAGUGAGUGAAAGUGAAAGUGAAAUGAGUUACAGUAGCGCCAGCAUUGCUGCACAAGGAGCUGCCAGUAAAGUUUAAAAGAAAAUGAACGGUAUUUGAAUGCAGUUGAUAAACGGAAAGCGACCCAAGUGGUAGCACUGUGUGCUCUCAAUUGUUGGCAUUAAUUUCUCCCUCGCUACCGUGCACUUGCAUGGUCAAACUAAGCAUUUAAGGUAGAAGUUUCUCAUAGCAUUUUUUUGUUCAGCAUUUAAAUAAAAAGCUUCCUGCAUCUACCUCCAGUCAAUAGUCUUAGCAUGUGUUUUGAAUAUGUAGAAAUAUAGAUAGUUCCAAGACUUCCAUAAAUAAGAGGCAUUUAUAUAUUUCUUCACUCCUUGUUGAGUCCAGCUCCGUAGAGCUGUAACGGGCUGUGAAAAACAGCAGAAUGUAAUGGUGUUUGGGAGAUGAACGAGCUGAAGCUCAGAUAUUAGCUGUACUAGUUUUGUUGAUAAAUAUAAAAAGUCUGUUUGUGAUUCAA